CCAGUUGAGCUAACCUAAACAUUUUUCGUAACCUGUACAUACAUACCAUGUGACAAUAAUCUAUCAGAAUUUCAUCUCUGAAAUAUUUAAUUAUGUUUCCUACAAGCAUGAAGACUAUCUUGAACAUGCGUUCGAGUUUACCAGCUUUGCUCUUAUCUUCCAUAAGCUGUCAUGCAAAGCACCAGUGUUUGACAAUGUCUAUGCUUCGUAAUGGUUUCAUUCGGCAUACAUACCGUUAUAGGUUUUUCCAUUACGCUGGCAUUUCAGGAAACUCUAGACUUGUUAAUAAUAUUCAACAGAUACACGUAAGAUGUACUCAUUCUUUAGACCAUUCUAAAGCGCGCUCCAAAGAAGAAGAAAAUCUUACCGAAAACUAUUUUGCUUAUAAGUUCUUCAAAUCACUGGAUCGUUACCCUGAUUCAAUUGCUAGAAAGUAUCCUUCACAGAGUGUCUAUUCUGCAGAUGACGUUUACAAGUUGUUUCAUACUAAUUGGUCUUCUGCUGAACCGAAAGACAUCGCAGCUGCUUUUAUAGCAUUGUCAUAUCAUGCUAAAAAGCACAAAGAUGGUAUUACCGACGAGAAAUACAAGAGCAUUCUUAUAGCUUGCACCGAAAAUAUUAAUCGAUUUAGUGAAGAAGAAAUCAAUAAUAUCAUUUUAUGCUUAGGCCAUUUUUGUCCAUCUAAAAAUACAUGUACUGCCGAAUACAUGAAUUUCUUCAAAGCACUUGACAUGCAUUGCGUAAAAGAUCUUAAAACAAAAUCCAUCGCGAAGUUACUAUACUUAUGUGACGUGUGGUACAAAGCAAGGUUUUUGCAUCGUGUACAUUGUAUAAAGCAAAUACUUACAAUCCUUGGUGACAAACCUAGGAAAUUGUCUUACGAGCACUUAAUUCAAUUCAUGUUCUAUUUAAAUCUUGCUCGUAAACCACCUAUUAACAUGUACGAAAUUGAAUAUCAUUGUGAGAAAUUUAUCGACCAAGCAACCGUUAAUGAAUUAGGGGUAAUUGCUAUGGGUUUUUUCAAAACUAGUACACCUAUCAGAAAUCGAACGGUACUUCAUAAAAUAAUAAAUAAACUCAUGCAAAAUUUGUCCGAUACACAUGAAAUUGCACUUUCUGCAAUCCUUAAACUUACAAGACUGAGCAUGAACCUUUCCGAAACUUCGCUAAUUCAGUUGCUAUUAAGGAAGUUGAUCUCAGAAGUGCCAAGGCUCUCGGUAACGUGUUUAGUACAUGUUGCACAUACAUCUGCUUCCAUACAGCUACAAGACGAGGAACUCAUGGUUGAAAUUAUUAAAAAAGUUAUGGAGAAUAUAAAGGAGUGCCGAGUAAAAGACUUAGAAAGGGUAGCUUUUGCAGCGUGCACAUUCAAUUACCCAGCUACGCAUCCUCUUUAUCAAUAUAUUAUAGCGGAAUUUAGUGAUCCUAAGCGAUUGGAAGAGAUUCAGAGGUAUCCAAAGAGUCUUUCAUACAGCUUACUUUUCUUGUCGCAAGUUAAUCUCUACCCAAAACAUCUGAUAAAUAUAAUGAUGGAUCCCAAAUUUAUAGAAAAUUCGUAUGAAAACGGGAAAUCAAUCGGUAGAGAAUAUCUUUCUCUAGAUUGCAGUAUAGAAAUAGAGGUCCCUGAUUACACAGGUCCAAGACUCGAUAGUAAAAAACGCAAAUCAUUGGCAAAGAUUUGGACAAAGCCAUCUCUGCCACUUACUGACAAAAUGAAGGUACCAAUAAUGAACCAAACCCUAGCAGAAGUAAUGGACCAUUGUGCCGAAAUAUUGGAGUCCAUGUCGGCAGUUCACAGCACUGUAUUGCUACCACACUAUAAUAAUCCAGACCUUGUUAUCUGUUUGGAUCAUGAGAAGGAGCCAAUUUCGCCAGGCCCUCUAUUGUCACAGUAUUCUUGCGAAUCAAUUAAAUAUCCCCCUGAAACGUUUAAAAUUAGCGCAAGAUGGAUAGUGUUUGUAAUAGUGGCUUAUAGUGCUAUGAUCAAAACUGGCGAAGUCAGGAAUAAACGAACUGGACUCACCAUUAUGAAAAUGAGGCAACUGCAAAAAAUCGGCUACACACCUUUCUUGAUUUCGAGUUCAGAGUGGAUGAGUAUAGGUAAGAAUACUAAACACGAGUAUCUGCGAAAUAUCAUUAAUAAUUUAUACUACGCUUCAAGUCGCAACGUCGACAAAAAUGUACAGGAAAUGAUACCUUAAUGUGAUAUUUUUUGUACAAAGUAAUAAAAGUGAUGCUAAAAAUGCAA